AUGUCUAACGAAAUAUCAGUUGAAUCAUCGGCAUCAGGAGUAGAGGACACCGAUCACCGAACCAUCGACUGGAGCACCGACGAUUUUGAAAAAUAUCUGAAGGAGAAGAAUGUCAUAGUCGAGUUCUAUGCAACGCUCUGCGAGAGCUGCAAUAGUUUAUAUAGCAUAUUGUGGAAGCUGAUGGGGAUACAGAAUACGGCCAGCACGAGCCUGUCCAUUGGCGCCAUAAACUGCUCCAAAUAUGAGUCAUUUUGCAUCAGUAACAAUGUCACAAUGUAUCCGACUCUCCUGUACUUUGAAAAGGACGACGGAGUCGCAAAGAAAUCGUACAAUCUGAGUAGCUUUAUGUCCGAAAAAACCACCGAAAAAGCAGUCGUGAUAAAGGAAGAUGCCCCCCAGAAUUGUGCUCCUGGGCAAGUCUUCACAUUGACCGACAAGAAUUUCGAUUCAAGCACCAAAAGUAUGAAAUCCUUUGUGAAGUUCUUUCAACCCAGCUGCCCAUUCUGUAUCGCCCUGAAACAGGUGUGGAUUGAUCUGGCCAGCGAGCUGGGAAAUGUGACGGCUGUCUGCAUUGCGGAGCUCGAUUGUACGGAUUUCAAAGCCAUAUGCAAGAGGUAUCACAUUACCGCCGUACCAAAGUUGGUAUGGAUUGACAGUAACGCCUUUCGUGUCUAUAACGGCGGUGGAAAGGGCGACCAGUAA